AUGGAUAUCGUUCCAGGCACGGCGGAUUCGUUUUCAUCGAAAGCGUCCAAAAAGUCCAAAACUCGAGACUGGGAAAAGACGAAAGAGCACUGCAUUCGUUGGGCAUUUUCGACCGGGCAAGCGGCGUGGACGUUUGGAACUACGUUUUUAGUCUUGGUCGUGCCAUUAAUCGUGCAAUUGCAUCGAGAGGAACAGAUGAUGGAGAUGGAGAAAGAACAAAUGGGAGUGUUGGCGGAUCAGCAACAACAGCAGCAGCAACAAUUAUAA